AUGUCGCUGCUGGAGGAGGAGGCCAUGGCGGAGGAGGUUGUCACCGCGGAGGCCACGUACCCCGAGGACGUGCUCACCUUGCAUGUCGACAACUUCGACGACGCCAUUGCCAAGCACCCCUUCAUCCUUGUCGAGUUCUACGCCCCAUAUUUGAAGUUCUUCGAGGGUUUAAAGGUUCUUGGGUUGGGAUUUCACCGUGUCCAAAUUUAUACUGUGUGGACACUACAAGUCUACAAGAGCCUGGCACGAGAGUAUGAGAAGGUGGCGCACCUGUUGAGCAAGCACGACCCAGCGAUUGUUCUUGCUAAGGUUGAUGCCAACGAUGAGAUGAACAAGCUUCUUGCGGGCAAGUACGAGGUCCAUGGCUUCCCUACCCUUAAGAUCCUCAGGAACAGAGGAAAGAACAUUCAGGAAUACAAGGGGCUCAGGGAGGCUAAGGGAAUUAUUGAGUACUCAAAGAAGCAGGUCGGCCCUGCUUCCAAGGAGAUCAAGGCACCUAAAGAUGCCACUUACCUUGAAGACAACAAGAUCCACAUUGUUGGUGUGUUCAUGGAAUUCAGCGGCACUGGGUUUACAAACUUCCUUGAGGUUGCUGAGAAGUUGCGGUCUGAUUAUGACUUUGGCCACAUUAUGCAUGCCAACCAUCUCCCACGUGGUGAUGCAGCAGUGGAGAGGCCAUUGGUUAGGCUAUUCAAGACAUUUAAUGAGCUCGUUGUUGAUAGCAAGGAUUUUGUUGUUUCUGCUUUGGAGAAAUUGAUUGAUGCUAGCAGCACCCUCAAAGUUGUUACUUUUGAUAAGAACCCUGACAACCAUCCUUACCUCCUAAAAUUCUUCCAGAGCAAUGCUCCCAAGAUGAGAUGCCAUACUUAUGCAUAA